UUGUUUCCUUGGUGCUACACAAGCUACUUAACGGAUUGCGUGUGCUGUGGACUGCAGGGUGGCCGAGAGGAAGAUGCGCAGCAGGACGACGACUCCGGGAGUGAAAAGGAAAACGAGGCAUCACAAUUUCUCCACCCGCCGCGGGGGAGGAACCGCGAAUAUCGUUUUAACAAAGGCAAGUCGUGCUUGUUUAAAAUCAGGCUGGAUUCGCUACACACCCAUUUGUCCAACACGCCGCUGUACGCGAUGGUUUUGGAUUUGACGAAGGAAGCGCCGAAGUUAGUUGGGAGCUCCUUGAUCUCCCUGGCGAAAACAGCCGACAGAGUGAUGGCAGAUGUCAGGCAGCACGGAAUUUGCACCCCUUCCGCCCAGGGAGAGAAAGGGGUUUUUGCUGUAAGCAACUUGAUGGGAGACAGGGUAGGCUGUAUUUCCCUGGGGUUUAAACUUUUAAGUUUGGGGGCGAGCUUGAUCCCGCAUAUUCCUGAAAACAGGAUUCUAAAAACUGGGUCUUGUCAAGUGAAAGAUCAUACAGUUACACCUUCAGGAGACCUAGAAACUGGGGCUGACAGCAUCCAGGUGACUUUACCGGUAGCUCCGGGCGACUCGUCCAGCGUGCUUCUCCAGAAGAUGGAGUUGGAGGGACAGCACACUCAGGUGAUAAUAUCAGAGCCAGAUGCAAAACAAAGGAAUGUUACUUCAGCUGGGACCCAGACUGACUUUGUGAAGAGAAGGCAAAUAGAAACUCAAAGAAAGAAUGUAGGCCUUGAUAAUGCAACAGACACUGCUGUAUUUUGCCCUCCACCUUUGUACUACAGGUGCUCAGUGAAAGAACAAGACGAAGUGGACGCUGAUCGAUACAGGUCAGUCAGCGUAGGGAUUGAAGCUCUUGGGGUGGAGGAGCUUUGUUCUGAAGAGGACGAAUGUGCAGAAGAAAGGGAUCUGCCUGCAAAAGGUCAGGCCUUGAAGCAUACCAGGGAUGGAUCAGAACGCUCUGGAGCAGCACAACAAAGCCAGACAGCACCAGCAGCUCUGGGGGACACAUUAAGACAGCUGCCUUUGCUCAAUGCCCUGCUUCUUGAACUUUCUCUGUUGAGCAGUCAGCCUCAGCUGCCUCCGUUACCAGUCCAUCCCCGUCUUGCCUGGUUGUACAGGUCUGCAGAGGAGCAAUCCCAUGGAGCUGUGCAGGAGAUGAGGUCAGGAUCACCAGCGUACACGUCCAGCACGUCGCAGACCCCAGUAAGGAAAAGGUCAACGAGUCCAGGGCUCAAGCAGUGGAAAUUGCAGGCAAAAACAACAGGCUCCCUACCUAUUUCCCCUAAGGAGAACGGCAAAACACUAAAGACAAAUGCAAGUCAUGAAAAGGAUCGAAAGAAGGUCCCUUCUCCUGCACCUAAGAGAAAACUGAUGUACGGACUGACAAACACACUGCGUCUGAGACUGCAGAAGACAAACCCUGAUAUGUUAAUAAACCACGAGCGCCGAGAACGCUAUAGAAGAAAGCAAAUUGAGCUGAUGAAAUGUAAGAACAAGAAAAGUGGGAGGAUGAAAUCUAGACAGGCGCAGGAGAGGCAAAACCACACGCCCAGGGCGGCUGAGAUACGUGAUGCCGGCAAUAGUUUGGAUGGAAAUGUGGAAACGCUGAUCAACAGUUUAGAUUUAGAAUCGCCUCGGGUUGAAAAUCCUGUGACGCACCACAGAAGGAAGCAGCAAAGUAGUUCCCCCGUCAUAACAAAGUUUCAUCUACGCUCAAGUAACCACCCUGCUCGUGAAACCGUUUCCAACGCAGUUCCAAAACGGGGCAAAAAACCGGGGCUCGUGUCUUCUGAGAGCAGUGUGCAUGUCCACAUACCCAACGUGCUCAGCCAGGACCCUGACCACAGCGGUGAUGAAACAGGCUUCCCUGAACCCAAUGCAACAAGCCCUGGAUUUCCAAGUUCAAGUUCCGAUGGAAAUAUGAGCCCAGGAAGUAGUCGGUUCAGCAGCCCUGGACGGGAGUACUCGGAUGAUUUCAUCGACAGCCCUGAGCCCCUUGAAUAUGUGGAAGAUUUUUCUGGUCCUGAACCUUCCGACUGCCACUCUGCAGAGCUUAAAAACGGCAGUGAACCUGCUCUGGCCGCUCCGAGGGAAGACUGUUCGGAUGAAGGCUCCAGCUCAAACAGCAGUUCCUUUGGAAGUCAAAGAGCUGCCGUUCCUCUUCCCAUUAGAGCAAACUCUUCUCCUAAACUGUCUCUGAAAGGCACACGAGUCACCCGGCCUCGCCAGGGGACACCAGCCAUCACUGAGUCCACAGAGGACAGUGAGCACGUUUCAGUUGAUUCUAAACAACCGGGCGAUGACAGGGGAACCCCUAGAUCUCUUAACAUUGUUGCCAAGGAAACAUUUGAUUCACAAACUUUACCAGGCUCCGGGAGGCAGUACGGAUCUUUUGAAGGAAGCUACUCAAUCAGUGACUCUCUAGGGAGCCCAGUAGCCACUAACGACACUGACCUGGAAUUCAUCGGACAUGAAGUCGCAUCACGUGAACUCCAUGAGGAAGAGGAGGCAAGAGAUGAGCUUGGCUCCUUAGAUUUUGAAAACAAGUACCAUCAUAUUUCAGAACUCGUGGUCAACAAGCUCCCUGGCUACACACUGUGAAAGGUCUCUGCUGAUUUCAUGCAUAUCUUCUGACACCAUUAUUCUUCCAGAACUAUUUUCUCCAAUUUGACUUUAAUUACAGAAUCCCCAAAGGUAGUAGUUAUUGACAUUUAAUCAAAUAAUAUUAGAAAUAAAAUGUAGUGAUAUUAAUUUUCUUAAGUAUUCAUGGCUUCACGCAGUUCGGGUAGAAUCUAAAAGAAAUUCUUAAAUGUUGUUUUUAUUUACUUGGAAAAAAGACUUGGGCGUUUGUCUUGGAUCCAUGGAGAUUUUGAAACAAAAAUCACACAGAAUGUACAAAUACCAUUUAUGCACUGAUUACUGUUGCUUACAUUUUUAAGUAAAAGUUAUAUAAUGUUUUUUUUAUUUAAAAAAAAAAACAUUUGAAAGCAUCAAACACUACACCAAACUCACUUUGCUGAAAAUCCUGACUGGGUCAUGCACCCUGAGUAGGGAAAUACUGAAAGAGUAUUCUGUUGUGCUUCAGGCUGUUAGACCAUAGAGGACAAGUCUAAUUUUGAAAGCAUUAAUGUUUUUGUGAAGGUAUCUGGUGAUCAAUGAAAUUACAUCUCGUUAAAUAAAAAUCAAAAAUGUUACUAGUCAGAGAAUAAUUUGCCUUCUAGAAGAUGUGUUGUACAAAGAGUUACUGUUGACAUAAUCACACCUGUAGCUUAGAUACAUUGACUGGUAUAACCUGGAAGCAAGCAAGAGGUAAGACUCAAUACACGCUCAGUCACUGCACCAGUGUGCUUUGACAAUUCUGAUUUCCCCAAAUCCUGCAAUAUUUCAUGAAACAAUGCAAACAUGAUAAUUGUAUAUCUUGGAUUGACAUAAAUUUACUCCAAAUACACAAAUUAGUUCUGGAUGCAAUGCUGAGUGUUGUAAAUUUUGUAUUUAAUCAUUACGUUUUUCGGGUGUAAAGAAGUUCCUACAUUUCUGUGGAAAACAUGUGUUUGUUGAACAUUGGCUGGGCUUGAGCUUUAAAGCUUUUCUAACAACAUUUUAAAAUGUGUUGCUUUGCCGUUUUGUUAUUCCCUGGCCAGCACAGUGGCAAGACAGCAGUCCAGCCUUGCAGGCCUUGGGUCCUGGGUUUGAUUCCAGACUGGGGCAUCUCCACUGUAGAGUCUGCAGGUUAUCCCUGUGUCCUCUUAUGUUUUUUUCCUAGUGCUCUGGUUUCUAUAUGCUGGCUAGUUAAACGCUGUCUCGAACUUUCCCUGUAAGCGUGUGUCCUUCCAGUGCUGUAUUGUGACCUCCGUUUCCAGGGAAAGGCUCCACGAUCCUUAAACCAGGAAUAAGUGGCUUUCUGAUACUGAAUGGAUGGAUGUUCCCAUUCCUGUUUCUUUAAUGUCUGCUCUUGGAACAGUUGAACUAUGCAGCGGGUUAAUCAUACAGUUUGGUGAGAAUACACUUUAUUUGUAAAUACAGGAUUUGCAAGAAUGGGAUAAACAAGAAAAUGUUAUUGGUCAACACCUUAAGGUUAUAUUGGAAAUGGCUUUAGCAUUCAACUUUAAUGACCUGAAGAUUUCCAUUCUAAAAUGUUUUCUUGCCAAAAGAACUGAGAAUUGAGUUUGUCUAUUAGCAGUUUUAAUAAGAUUUAAUAGAUUAUUACACUAUAUUUGGCCCAGGAUUUUUGAUGGAAUUUUGCCUGUAGCUGUAAGAUCUAAGUAAGAUGCCACAGGUAGUAUACCGAAAUAUGCUGAUGGCUUAAUUCCAUGGUUCUUUUAAUUGCAUGCAUUUACAAUAAGCAUAUUUGAAAAGGAUAACUGUUUUUCACUUAUGAUUCACAGCGUGUAUAUAUAAUAACUCUCUGGGAAAGAUGUCAGAAGACAAUUCUCUCUAUUCAACCUAUAUAAUCUGUGCUCUGAUAACUGAAAAAUGGACAGCAGCUGACAAUUCUCCAAAGGCUGACCUUUCAUCUCUCUGCCUCAUGAGAAACUGAUAGGGUAUUUCUGAAACAAUACAUUUUCUUUAUUUUUGCAUUUUUAUGUGGGGAAUAAAUUCAACUUUUGUUUUACACAGUAGAAUUUUGAAACAAGUUCUAAUCUGCAGAUUUAGAUAAAAUGUGAACGAUGUGUAAAUAAAACACUUUUCAGAUUUUGA